UGCGUGAGUAGCAAGUGUAACUUCACCGACCAGUAACACUUUCCUAUAAGUGGAGUGAGCUAAUCAAGUUAACCCGUGAAGGGUGGUGGUUUCACCUGAGCAGGUAGGGCGGGUUACACAGGAGAACUUCCUGUUUCGGCACUUGUACGGUGAGGACUUGAGCUGCUGAAGUAGGUGGCUUUCCCACUAAGGACUGGAAAACAUUUUCCACUGUGUGAAAGCUGAUUAUGGAGCUAAAAUAUUGUGGUUUGUUUGGAUUUAUCCUGUUGACCAGCUUAGCACUUGAUGGAAUUCCUGCAUUUAGUGUGACCACAUCCAAUCCAAAACCAACAGUGAAAGAAAAUCAAACUGUUGACCUAUAUUGUGAGUACUCCGCCGACUUUCAGAAUCCUCGAGUAGAAUGGAAGUUUAAAAGCCCAUCUGGUUCCACGACCUUUGUAUUCUACAAUGCCGAGUUAAUAGUUCCUCCAACUUCGCCACAAUGCAGAAUUCCUGCUACUGUCACCACUGGUACGGCAGUCACUUUGAAGUGUCAAGAUUCUGCUUGUUCACCGGCUUGUACUUACAGGUGGUUCAAGGACAAGAUGCUGAUGCCGAUUGAUCCAAAAGGAAGUUCGGCUUUUGCAAACUCUUCUUACAGCAUCAAUCCAAACAGUGGAGAUCUGGUGUUUUCCUCUGUAAGCAAAGCAGAUGCUGGAACAUUCUCUUGUGAAGCAGCUAACAAUAUUGGUAGUCCACUGACCUGCACUGCUGCUCAAAUGCUUGUUGAGGACAAGAACGUUGGAGGAAUUGUAGCCGCUGUAGUGAUUGUGCUACUGAUACUGGCUUUGCUUGGUGUUGGACUUUGGUUCGCCUACCGACGUGGCUAUUUCCAAACGAAAACCCAAAGCAAACCCAAUGUUAUUUAUCAGCCAGCAGAAAGAGCAACAAAUGAAGAUUUUAAGCAGACCUCAUCCUUUGUUGUAUGAACAGAAGCAGAAGGAGGAGAAAGAUAUUUUGCACGAACAUAAAGAAUUUCUGAAGAAGACAAGCCUUCAUUUUUGGAGCUGUUCACCUCAUGGGUCCUGUUUUGGCCCUUUUUAAUUUGCUUGUUUUAACACAGUAGUGGCAUCUGCACUUUUUAACCAUAAAAAAAUGUUUUGUGCUUUUCCUUUCUACACACAUUGAGUGGUUUGCCUUUUAACGUCUGCAUGUUUAAGAACAGUGAUAACGUAUUGGAAAAUGUAAAUGCCCCACAGCUGGUCAAGGAGCUUUCUGAAGUCUAUUGCAAUUGAAUAACUUUAUAAAUAUUUGAAGCAUAGUUGGCAUUUGCUACUUUAUAAUGCAGCCACAUCAACUUCUAUAGAAAAACUCUCAGAAAGCAGUCAACGUGCAUCUCAUUCAUUCAUCUUGCCACAGUGAUGAAAUCUCUGUUUAAAUAUUGCAGAAAAUGUAAAUGUGAUGAUUUCAUGCUUGUCUGCUGAACUUUACCUGUCUGUAUAUACAAGAACUGGUGUUCAUUUGAUUAUUCUGUAUGAAGUCAUAUGCUGAGUUGGUCUUUUCAGAUACAUUUGAAGUUUACUAUAAUACAACAAAAAAUGAAGUUAAGCAAUUCAUGUGUUCUUGUAGCUGAAAAGUUAGACUGUGAUCGGAUCACUUUACCACGUAACUUUGGUACAGGAGCAUCUCUUUCAUUAGGGAAAUCCAUCUUCUGAACAAAGUUGUUUGUGCUUUGACUAAUUUUAUUCAUUAAGAUCAUGUCAAACUAAACAAUGUAGGACUACUAUUUUUCCCAAUUAACACAGAGGUGUGAAAUUUCCUGAAUGAAAGAUGUUGAUAUUGACCCUGAAUAUUGUUGCUUCAUUCAUUUUGCUACUUGUAUGCUCCUGGUAGGCAGUCUUAAAGUUAUGAAAUUCAGCACACUGUAUUUGAAAUUGUAUAUAGUCCAUCACUGUGAGCUCUGGGCUGAUAUUUUAACUUUUUCUUAUAAAUGGUAAAAUAUUAUAAAAUUGUUUUUUCUUGUUCAUUUCACUUUAUUUGAAGCUACAUGUUUAGCUUACAACUUACGGAGUAUAAUAUAUAUCAAGUAGCUUUUUUCUUGUGGGGGGAUAGAAAUUCUAUAAAUUUUAAAGAUGUACAGAUGAGCAGUGCUGAAUAGACCAUUAUUCUGCUAACCUUGCAGCUGUUAAUAAUAGGGGACGGAUUUAUUUCAUUGUGUCCAAAAGAAUGAAUUCCUGUAUAUCCCAGUCCAGGCCAAUGACUGCAAGUGUCAGUCACAGAAUUUAUACAAACUGUAUUUGUGAAUAGCAUUCCAUAUUAAUUUCAGAUGGUAAUACUUGACGCAUUUUCCCUAAAACACACACUUUUUUUUUUCUUGCUGCCUAAUUAUUUUGUGAUGCCCACCAGCUUGAUAAAAAGGACUUUGUGUAGUGUCUUUGGUCUGUUGUACUAAGUAGUGUGUGUGUGUAUGUGGUGAUUAGUAAUAGAGGACUAUAGAUGCAUAGACUUGAGAUUAUUAAAAACACAAGUGUUAGUUACCAGAAUAGGUAUGGGUUAGGAUAGUCUAACAACAGCUGUAAUAACUGGCAGAUCUGGAGUGUACAGUUUGUAUACAACAUAUUUUUCUUGGCCUUGCACAUGCAUGUGUGCAUACACACGACACGCACAGUUUGCCACUUUGACCCCCGUAUUCCAACAAGAGUGAAUGAAAUCCAUAUUUUAAAAUAUUGAAGAAAUUUGUUCAAAUUUUUAAUUAAUUUAUGUAAUAUGUAAAGUUUGCCUUUUGCUGCCUAAUCAGACCAUCUUGUAAAAUUGUAACUUGAAAUGUACCGUUUUUCUGUAGCAUUGGUUACUUAGAAAGUCUAAAGGAAGAGCAUCAGUUAAAAUAUUUGGUGCUUGUGCGAAAAAGGCAAAAAAAUUGUAUUAAGCAACUCUUGAACAGUUCUUCUGUUGUCUUGCUUUGUAAAUUUGAAAAUCUGUAGAAAAAAGUCUUCCAAAUGUAUCCCUUCAGUUUUGUAUCCAUGCAUGAGAAUGAUUUAGGCAGCUAGGAGCUGUACAUGUAUUGCAAGAAAAAUUACAUUUAAAAACAAAUCAUAACUGAAAUGUGUUCAGUCACUCUAAAGGGAGUGAAACAAACAAGCUUGUUAAGUUAUGAAAAUUCAUUGUUGAACCCUUCCACGUUUGACACAUCCAUGCUAUGCUAUGGGAAAAGGCAGUCUGGGAUGCCAGUUGUACGUAAUACUGCAAGAUGCCUAGUUUGUGAAGGUGUGAGUUUUAUUCUGAUUAGCCAGUUUCAUCUGGAAUUUUUUUAUACAAUAAAGCUACUCAUAAGUUAAAA